AGUCCUGGUUUAGUUCUGGUUUAGUCCCGUUAGACGGGGCGGUGUAUUUCCGGGUCCUCGUGCGGCUAUGAGCCAAUCAGAAGGCUCCAGGUCAGAGAAGAUGGCGGCGUCGCGGAACGGGAAGAGCGGGCUCCUGGAGAAAUGGAGGAUCGAUGAGAAGCCUGUGAAAAUCGACAAAUGGGACGGAGCGGCGGUGAAGAAUUCUUUGGACGACGCCGCCAAGAAGGUUCUUCUGGAGAAGUUCGGGUAUCAGGAGAACUACUCUCUGGUGGACGGGCGUCUGCUCAUCUGCACCGUGUCGUGUGUUUUCGCCGUCGUGGCUCUGCUCUGGGAUUAUCUGCACCCGUUCCCCGAGUCCAGACCUGUGCUCGCCGCCUGCGUCAUCUCAUACUUCAUCAUGAUGGGGGUUCUGACUCUCUACACGUCGUACAAGGAGAGGAACAUCUUCCUGGUGGCUCUGCAGAAGGACCCGGCCGGUCUGGACCCGGACCACGUCUGGCACCUGUCGUCCUCCCUCAAACGGUUUGAUGACCUGUACUCCCUGCGCGUGUCCUUCACAGACGGGCGGAGCGGCGUGUGCAGAGACGCUGAGGUCACUCGUUCCGUGUCCGAGUUCUUUGAUGAAAACGGGACUUUGGUGAUGGACCAGUUUGAGAAGUGUGUGUCCAAACUCCACGACUCCCUGACCUCCGACAAGAAGACCAAAUGAACAUGUGGACCUGCCCGGAACCUCAGACCCUCAGACCCUCAGACCCUCAGACCCUCAGACCCUCAGACCCUCAGACCCUCAGACCCUCAGACCCUCAGACCCUCAGACCCUCAGACCCGCCGACCCUCAGACCCUCAGACCCUCAGACCUCAGACCCUCAGACCCUCAGACCCUCAGACCCUCAGACCCUCAGACCUGCCCUAAUCACAUCCAACAUCUGAUCAGGACCUGGUUUAGACCCGGUUUAGACCCGGUUUAGACGUGGCUCAUAUUUGAAGGUGCACUGUGUAACUUUUCCAGUGGAGGGUUUGUUGUCUCCAUGGCGACGUAAUUGCUUUGCUGAAUGGAAUGUUUCACAGUGCAGCUUUAAACUGUCUCCAUGGCAACGAGCAGGACCGAGACCCCAGUCAGAUCUGUGCAGAGGAGAGCUCCCGGGACUGAAGCGCCCCCUGCUGGUCACACUGUCAGUCUCACUCAGAGUUAAACUUCAGAGUUAAACUUCAGAGUUAAACUUCAGAGUUAAACUUCAGAGUUAAACUUCAGAGUUAAACUUCAGAGUUAAUCUUCAGAGUUAAACUUCAGAGUUAAACUUCAGAGUUAAACUUCAGAGUUAAACUUCAGAGUUAAACCCGUUGUUACAUCAAACAUAAAAAUGUUUAAAGAAAAAAAAAACUUAUUGUUUUUCUUUAGAUUUUUGUGCAGUGGAUUUUUUUUAUUUUGUUCUAAACAUAAAAAUGUGACACAAAUAAAACGACUUCACUGAA